AUGACCAAAUACUCUCGAUACAAGAACAAGUGGAUCACCACAAGGUGACAUAGCUGUGCUUUUGUAAAUACUCCAUCAGCCUGUAUUAACAAAAUUAUGCAUCAAAUUCAAGAGUUAGAAUUAAAGGAGAAAAAAUGCUUUCAACAGGUACAUUUAUGGAUAACAAAACAGUUCAGUGCUGACUCUGUUGAAGAUAUCUGGUCAUCAUUAUCCACUAAGCUGGAUUUUAAAGAAGCUGAUAUGGCAAAGACGUUAACUUUGAAGCAUGAAACAGAAGCUUUGCUAUUGGAAGUUACUGAGCUAAUUAAGCAGCUGGAGGCUGAUCGUGAGGAGGGAGAAAAAGCUUUGGAGUUGAUGAAAUGGUGAAAGAAAAAGCUUGGUAUGAAAAUUGAUUGUAUGUCACUUUGGAGGCUUCAGCAACUCCUCACAAAUGUGCAAAAAGGUAUUUAUGUUGUCAUUCAGAAACUCACGGUUUUUGUGAUAUCUUGGAGUAAAAGCUGUCAGCUGCCACAGGUACAAAACCAAAUACAAGAAACAGCCAACUGAGAGAUUCGGGAGGAUAUAGACUCCAUGAAGAAACACAGCCCUCUGCUGGAAGAAAAGCUGAAUCUAGAGGGCGAAACUGUGAAGGAUAUGUUACUGGUGUAUGAAAAGGCAUCAAAAAUAUGCGGUGAUGUUCAUUGGGAACUUAUGGAAAUAUAAAAGGCAAUGAAAAGAAUUGACCCUUGGAUUAUCAAGUGGAGCAGUAGUAACAAUAGCACACUGCUAAUAAACAGCGACAAGAAUGAGUUAAAGAAUUCUGAAUUUAUUUGGACCGAAUACUGUAUGAAGUUAAAAGAAACAGAGGUGAAGAUUAUAAAGGAUGAAAAACACCUUGAGGAGUUAGUGAAGCAAAAAGCAGAAAUCCAGGAAGAUGCAAAAUGUUGGAACAGCAAAGUGAAAUAUGUGGAUAAUAAAAUAGCAGCCCAAGGAGAUGAAAGUGUAAAAAUAUCGGAUGCUAUUUCUGAAAUUAUAAAAACUGUGGAAGAAUUAAAAUCCACCAAGGAAAGGGAUCUACUGAAUAUAAAGCAAAAGAUUCUGAAUAACAAUGAAGCACUGGAGAGUUUGAAAUGUAAAUGUUAAGAACUUGAGGGAGAAAUUGAAGAGUUUUUGAAAAAAAUCAGGAGAAUUCAAGAAAUGCGUGUGAAAAUUCAGGUUCAAGACACAGAGAAUGGUUACGACAAGUUCCUGGUAUGUGGCAUCUGGGAGAUGUUUAUGACCUCCUUAUACAGAAACCUCCCUCUCCAAGUGCUGAUGGCAUAUACACUUCCAAAGUGCAGAACAAUAGCUUUUGAAUACGAACACAUCUAUUUAUGCAUAAAUUCUCCAGAAGAUCUCCUAUGUGGAUCAGAUAAGCUAGACAAAGAGCAGAAGCAAACUGAACAACAAGUUGAAAAAAAAAAAAGAGGUAUUAUGCAGCAACAAUUAAAUGACAUAGAGAGGUUAGGUUACCAUUUCUACACAGUUGCCUUUGAACUAUAUGCACACAUGCACUCUGUUAAAAACUAUCACACUAUGGAAAACCCAAAAAAUGAAUUUGGAUAAUUAAAUGAGUUCUGGAACAUGAAGCAAAUAGAAAUACAAAAUACAGAAAAAUGUUUUGCUGAUUUGCAAAAAAUUUUAAGUGGUGUGAUGUUUAAGCAACAAAAUGUUCAGAUGGCAUUUAAUAAUCUCCAAGAUACAGCAGAAUAUGAGAAAAGGUUAAAGCAGUAAGAAAAAACAUAUGGAGAAUUUCUGCCCAAGGAGAAGAAACCUCUGAGUGACAGUCAGGCUUCUCUGGAUCAAAUCAUUAAAGAAAAUCUGUGGUUAGUUCAGGAAUAUAAAAUCUUUCAUGAAUACUACUCAAACAGUAAAAAUCUCACAGAACUCUACAAUAGUAUCAGGUUGGAAGCUGCUGCUAGAGACCAUCAGCUGCUUUGUAUAUUGUACAGCAGGUUCAGGGACUCACUGCCGGCGUGGUGGAGCCGGAGCGGCCUCUCCAGCCACGCUGGGCUGGCAAGGAUCCAGGCAGCCUCUCAGGAGAACGCUCAGAAAAUAUUAGCUGUGCAGGGGGAGUUGUCAAAAGCAAUCCAGCACAUCACCGCUUUCUUGCACUCUUUGACAGAUGGCUUACCGACUACAGACAACAAUGCAAACAACCAGUGUAUCUUGGAUGCUGAAAUAAAAGACAAGAAAAGUCACACAGUUCAGAUAACAGUGUAA